AUGUCGCUGUGCAACGACCCAGAGGGGUGGCAGCUGCUGACCAACUACUACGAUGUGUCUCCAUGCGUUUCGCAGAACGUCUUCUUCAUUCUCCCGGGCUCAGUGGCCGCGCUAUUCGGUGUUCCAGCUGUUGUCCAUCUCUACUUUCAGCCAGGUAAACGUCCUGCCGUUUGGAGCUACACGUUGAAACAGAUUCUUACACUCAUUCAACUGUCAAUUGCGGUUUCUAUCCCCUUUACGACCACGUUCCAACACGAUCUGCGCCAUUGGUCCCCCCUGGUGCUCGCUUUUGGCUCCAUUAUCAUCUUCUUCAUCCAAAAGCUCGAGUUUGAGAAACGGAAACCCUCCAGCACCGUCGCCCUUUCUUUCUGGGGCCUCCAGACUCUCGACUCGGCCAUUGUUGUCUAUGGGCUUGGUAUCAGAGGCUUUGACGAAGCAACCUACGUCGUCUCACUUAUCUCAAUCGCCUUCCUGGGCCUCUUCAAUCUAGUCCUUGAGACCACAUACAGCCCAUCCUCAGAGCCUGCCUUCUACGAUGACUCUAACUUAUUCGUCAAACUGACUUACUCCUACGUGAGUCCCAUUCUCAGCAAGGGAAUCAAUUCCACGCUCAAGAUCGGAAACGUCCCGAAACCUCCUCUGGAAUUGCGAAGUCAGUACAUCUUCAGGGAGUUCAGUGAGGUGUGGGGACCGAAGAUCGACCUAUACACCAAGGCAGCUGCAAAGGACCCCGAAACUGCAAAGUUCCCUUCCCUAAUUGCCACCUUCUCCUACAUCCAUGGUUAUGAUUAUCUCAAGAUCUCCCUUCUGCAGGUCUUCUCAAUAGUGGUACCUUUUGUCCAGCCUUUGCUACUGAAGCAACUCAUUCUGUUUGUCGCGAAAUAUAACAACGGACUUGCCCCGUUGUCCCAGGGUAUUUCCAUUGUGUUUGCUGCCGGUUCAAUGAUGCUGUUAAGAACCAUUAUUGAAAGCAAAGAAGAACUCAUGACCAACAACCUCAUGCUGCGAAUUGAAACGGCUCUCAGUCAGACUGUCUACGAGAAGGCUCUCAGACUUUCCACCGCAGCCGUUGCCGACACCUCUAUUGGAGAGAUUGUCAAUAUUCUAUCCAACAGUGUCAAACAGUUGACCAGCGUUGUUUCUUACCUGCAUAUGAUCUGGUCUAUCCCCCUUCAAAUUACCAUUUGUUGGCUGACAAUGUACAGCAUGAUCGGCAACGCCAUGUGGGUGGGGAUGGCAGCAUUGCUCUUGGUUGUUCCCUUCACUGCUUUCAUCUCCAAGCUGAAGAUGGGUCUGUUUCUGGCCAUGCAGGGCAUCUGCGAAAGCAGAUAUACUGUCACCAACAACCUCCUGUCCAACAUCAAGUCUGUCAAGCUGUAUGGAUGGGAACCAACCUUUUAUGGCAAAGUAGAGAAGAUAAGAAACGAAGAAGAGCUUGCAAUCGUGCGAAAAAUGUCCUACCUUAGCGCCAUUGAAAGCAUUCUGAUGAGAACUUGCAACAACCUCGCUGCUACCGCUUCCUUCGCCUUCAUCGUGUUGUUCCAGCACAUCCCUCUUUCAGCUGCCAGUGCCAUUCCUGCUCUAAAUCUGUUUACGCGUCUUCUUAUGCCAUUCAUGUUUGUUCCCUACAUUGUCCAGUUUGGCAUCCAGGCCUGGGUUGCCUUGACUAAGAUUAAUAACUUCCUUGGUCUCACUGAAGUUGAAAAGUUCAACGGACAGGAGCACAUCCCAGACUCCUCCAAGUCUGUCCCUGUCAACGUCAAUGGGUCCUUUUUUUGGGACAAACAGCUGGAAAAGGCUGCUUUGGAGAACAUUUCGUACACCGCCGACAAAGGAGCCACUGUGUGCAUCAUCGGAAAAGUCGGGGCUGGAAAGACCGCCACUCUGAUGGCCACCCUGAAUGAGCUGUUUGUCCAGAAUGGAUCAACAUCAGUAACUGGGUCGGUAGCUUACUCAUCACAAGUGCCUUGGAUUCUCAACUCCACAGUAAAAGACAACAUUCUGUUUGGAUCCCGUGAAGACCCAAUCUUUUACAAUCUGGUGAUUGAAGCUUGUGCCCUGACCCAUGAUCUACAGCUUCUUGCCGAUGGAGAUCAAACAGAGGUCGGAGAGAAAGGUAUCUCGUUGUCUGGUGGACAGAAGGCCCGACUUUCAAUUGCCCGUGCUGUCUAUUCACGUGCUGAUGUGCAACUGUACGAUGAUCCCCUGUCGGCUGUUGACGAGCACGUCCAAGCUCAUUUGAUCAAAAACGUUUUUGGACCUGGUGGUCUAUUGAGUAGCAAGACAGUUGUUGUUGCUACCAACACGGUUAACCUGCUUCGACACUCCUCUACCAUUCAUCUUAUUGAAGACAAGACGUUUGUUGAGUCGGGAGAGUUCUCCGAACUCAUGACGAGAGAUGGAAAGAUCAAAAAGCUGGUGGAUGAGUUCCAGACUCAAGCCGGUGAGUCUACCCCGGAUGCCAGUAAGGUCAUUGAUGCCAUUGAGGUUGACGACAAGCGUAUCGAGUCCGACGCUAAACACCCGUUCUCUCUGCGUAGAGCCUCUUCCAUCUCGCACUUUUCAGUGAUCACUGUUGCUGACGAUGAUGCUAGACGUACCAGAGUUGAAGAUGAGGUAAAGGAAACAGAGGCUCUAAACUUCGUCGAGCUAUACAAAAAGUACUUUGUUGCAGUAGGAUACAUCAACAUGGGGGUGUACCUUGUUCUCUCUCUCGUUGGAUCAGCCCUCACUAUCGCCAGUACUUACUGGGUGGCCGAGUGGGGCAGCGACAAGAUCGACCUGAGUGACAUUCAGCUAGUUCUUGGAUAUUUCUUUAUUAGAUUUGCCUCUGCACUCUUUGAAGCGUUUGGUGGUCUGGCUUUCUCUACUUUUGGAGCUGUUCGAGCCUCCAAAUUGCUUCAUGAACGAAUGCUCAAGGCGGUCUUGAGAGCUCCAAUGUCCUUUUUUGAAGCAACUCCACUGGGUCGCCUGACUACUCGCUUUUCACAGGACAUCGCAAAACUCGACUGGAUGAUGAACAACUUCAUCACCCGGCUUGCCACAGCUGUUAUCACUUCCUUCAGCAGCCUAGUUCUGAUCGUCGGGUCUUCCCCUUCAACUCUAGUAGUCGUACCCCCGGCCCUGUAUCUCUACAGAAUCAUUCAGAAAUACUAUCUGAUCACCUCCCGACAGGUGCGUCGUCUAUCAGCUGCAACCAUGUCGCCAGUGGUGUCCCAUUUCCAGGAAACCCUCAACGGACUUACGACUGUUCGAGCGUUUGGUAAGUCACGGUUUUUUUCUACCAAGUCAACUGCUCACAUUGAUGUGCGAACAAAGAUGGAAUUCUUGUCAUACUCUCUUCAGCAAUGGCUUGGAUUGAGACUCACCACAAUAGGAGUAGUCAUUUUCCUGUCCAGUGGACUUUCUCUUGUCGCUACUUUACACUGGAAACCUCUUUCAGCCGGUUUGGUCGGUCUCGUAAUGAGCUACGCGUCCACCAUCUCAUCAUGUCUCAGCGAAGUUGUGAAAGCGGCCAUCAGUGUGGAGCAGGAGUCUGUGGUUCUUGAAAGAAUCUUCGAGUUCUGUCAAAUCGAGCCGGAAGCCCCUCCGAAAGCAAAGGAGCCUGCUGCCCACUGGCCCAAUGAGGGCAGAAUCACGUUCUCCAACUACUCCACCAAGUACCGGGCCAACUUGGACCCCGUCCUCAACGAGCUCUCAUUCAACAUCAAACCCCGGGAAAAAGUUGGAGUUGUGGGACGGACUGGAGCCGGAAAGUCCUCUCUCACUAUGGCACUGUUCCGUAUCAUUGAAGCAUCAGGCGGAUCAAUCACCAUUGAUGGAGAAGAAAUAUCAAACAUUGGACUCCAAGACCUCCGUUCCAGACUGUCGAUCAUCCCCCAAGAUGCUCAGAUGUUUGAGGGAACCAUCAAGACAAACCUUGACCCUUCGGGCAAGUUCUCCGAUACAGAGCUGCUUCAGGUUCUAGAACACGCGUCUUUGAAGAAGUUCGCAGACGACAAUGAGGGCCUCGAAACCAAGCUCAGCGACGGCGGCAGCAACUUGUCUCUGGGCCAGAAGCAGCUUAUUUGUCUGGGUCGUGCACUUCUGACACCUUCUUCGAUUCUGGUUCUGGACGAAGCUACGGCUGCUGUUGACUAUGAGACAGACAAGUUGAUUCAAAAGACUAUCCGUCGCGAGUUCAAGGACCGAACAAUUCUUACCAUCGCCCAUCGACUCAACACUGUUAUGGAUAGUGAUCGGAUUCUGGUUCUGGAUGCUGGCAACGUGGUUGAGUUUGACACUCCAGAAGAGCUACUAAAGAACAAGAAUUCGCUCUUUUACGCCCUGGUGAAUGCCAAUAACGGUGACAAGCUGGACACAUAA